UAAUACAACCCCGACAGCCGAUCUCAUUCACAACAUUUAAUUUUUUAAAAAAUAAAAAAUUAAAAAAAUUGUCGCGCUUUCUAUUUCAGUGCCCUCGCUGUCCCAGCCUGGUAUGGAUCUUGAGUUUUAGCAGCCACCAUGGACAUCUGAACCUGAGGGAAGUGCCGGCAAACCAAACUCCAGAAGCCAUGGAUCGGCUGCUCAAAGCUGCGAGAACCUCUGGUUCUCUCAAUCUAUCCAAUCGUUCGCUCAGGGAAGUGCCUGAUGAGGUAUAUCGAAGAAUGGAUGCAGUUUGUGAGGGAGAAAAGUGGUGGGAGACUGUGGAUCUACAGAAGCUCAUUUUGGCCCAUAACAAUAUUGAGACAUUGAGAGAUGACCUAAAAAAUUUGCAUCUGUUAUCCGUGCUGAAUGUUAGCCACAACAAGCUUGCCCAGCUUCCAGCUGCUAUAGGACAGCUUCCAAUGCUAAAGUCGUUAGAUGUUUCAUUUAACUUGUUACUGUAUAUGCCAGAAGAGAUUGGAUCAGCAAAUUCUCUUGUCAAGGUUGAUUGUUCUAAUAACCAACUUAAGGAACUCCCCAGCUCCCUUGGAAGUUGCUCAAAUUUAUUGGAACUCAAGGCAUCAAACAACCGAAUUGCCAGCUUGCCAGAAGAGCUAGCUCACUGUUCAAAAUUGACAAAACUAGACAUAGAGGGAAACAUGCUAACAAUGUUAUCUGAGAAUAUGAUUGCAUCGUGGACCAUGCUCACAGAACUCAAUGCUUCUAAGAACCUGUUGAGUGGUAUUCCAGAGAAUAUUGGCCGCCUUUCACGUCUCAUUCGACUUGACCUUCUCCAAAAUCGAAUAUCAUCAAUUCCGUCAUCAAUAAUGGGUUGCUCUUCCCUUGCAGAGUUCUAUCUAGGGAAUAAUGUCCUGUCAUCAUUACCAGUGGAGAUAGGGGCACUGUCUCUCCUAGGGACAUUAGAUCUUCACUCAAACCAGUUGAAAGAAUAUCCAGUGGAGGCUUGCAAAUUGCGUGUUUCAGUCCUAGAUUUGUCAAACAAUUCAUUAACAGCCUUGCCCCCAGAGAUUGGUACAAUGACAACUUUGCGAAAACUUUUGCUCAUGGGCAAUCCUUUGCGAACUCUUCGAAGCUCUUUGGUAUCUGGACCUACGCCUGCAUUAUUGAAGUAUCUUCGAAGUAGACUCUCAGCUGAAGAAGAGUCUGGCGCUAAUACAGUGGCAAAAAAAGAUGUGAUUACCACAGUUGCUCGAUUGUCAAUCACGUCAAAGGAACUUUCUUUAGGAGGGCUGGGGUUGAGUGUGGUACCAGCAGAUGUAUGGCAAUCGAGUGAAAACAUAAAAGUUGAUCUCUCUAGAAAUUCAAUUGAAGAACUACCUUUUGAACUUUCCUCGUGUGUUUCUCUUCAGGCUUUGAUUUUAUCCAGGAACAAGAUUAAAGAGUGGCCAGGUGCAAUUUUAGAGUCUCUUUCAAAUCUUACAUGUUUGAAGCUUGACUACAAUCCACUCAAACAGAUUCCACCAGAUGGCUUUCAAGCUGUCUCCAAGCUCCAGAUUCUUGAUCUAAGCGGAAAUGCUGCUUCAUUACCAGGACAUCCAGCCUUCUCAAGCUUACCGCAGUUGCAGGAGCUUUAUCUCAGACGAAUGCAGCUUCAUGAAGUUCCAUCAGACAUACUGAGCUUGCAGAAGCUGCAGAUUCUUGACUUGAGUCAAAAUUCCCUCCAAUUGAUUCCAGAGGGAUUCAAAAAUCUAUCUUCUCUUACUGAGCUUGACGUGUCUGACAAUAAUAUUACAACACUCCCCCCACAACUGGGGUUGCUUGAACCUAGUCUACAGGUCUUGAGACUUGAUGGAAACCCAUUGAGAAGCAUCCGGCGGGCCAUUUUGGACAAGGGAACCAAAGCUGUGCUGAAAUAUUUGAAUGAGAAAAUUCCAGGGCCUUAACUUGUUUGGCAUCUCCCUAGUUGUGGCUCGUGCAUGUGCGUGUAUAAUUUAUUGUAGAAAGAGAUUACCAGAACAGACGCUGCCACAGCUGCUUUAUUAUGGUUUUUGUUUAAAAGCUUCCUUUAGUGGAGUGCAUACUGAUUCUGAAAGCAGUGCAUACGAAUCUGGCUUUCAUUUAUUUAUUUAUUUUUUUGAGCUUCUUGUGAUUUUCUGUACCUGCAUGGAAGUGUUGGGCUUAAAUGUGAGUUGAUCCCAUAAACAAAAAGAAAAAAAAUUUAUAUGACAAAUAUGUAAAAUUAAUAAAAAAAAAUUAUUUUAUUUUAUUUUA